AUGCCGCAAACAGCAAGAAUUCCGACCGCUCUUUGGGAAGCUCAAAGGCCUCGCAUAACCGAGCUGUACGUCGGUCAAGACAAGACUCUUGACGAGGUUAUCCAGAUCAUGGCAGAAGCUGGCUUCCAUGCUACGAAGCCCCAAUACAUUCGCAAAGUUAACGUCAACUGGAAGCUGCAAAAGAAUUACACCAAAGAAAAAUGGCAGCAUGCAAGCGCUUUAGUCGAGAAGCGUCAGGCAGGGGGAAAGUUGACGAAACUCAGCAUUGAUGGCAAAUUCAUCUCGGAGAAAAGGCAGAAGAAAGAACUAAGAAGAUAUCACGUUCCGCAGGUCGAAGAAGAGUUCAUUAGUACUCACGCCUAUGGGGUGGUUGCUUGUACACCGCCAUCUUCGAGCUCCAGGGUCGUUCUCAUCAACGGCCUCCCCUGGCUGAAGUUUCGAGCAAGCUUCAACAAUCUAAUUGAGAGUCGAACACCACUUUUCAGUCCCAACCAACAAAAUGGGACACUUGAAUUCUGGGAAGUGACAAAUAAAUUGCUAUCCGGCGUCCAUACCACCGGGAAAAUGGGUACUGGAAGUCUGCCAUUGCCAGAGCCACCAAGGCCUGUCUCCGACGACCUUUCGAAACACUUUGACAUAAAAGGAGAGCGACUGUUUGAACUGGUCCCAAUGUUGGAGAAUCCUAUGGAGAUCCUCCAACAUCUAGAGCCCCCAUGGUUGCAAAUCUUCAACUCGUUGGUGUUUCUUUGCUCCAAUAAUUUGGUGGCAACCAAAAGCUCCGCCUACAAGCUUCUCCAGCUCGCCAUUUCGAGUGGCUUUCUUAUCGAGAUGAAGCAUCUAUUUACAAUGAGUGUACCGACUCUCGAAAUAUUUGCAAGACACCUUUUGUUUGUGGCGCUCGGAGUUCCAGGAAACAAAGGGAUAGAGUUCCUGCAUUUCUUACUCGAGUCUGGGGUCAGCCCUGGCAGCACUGAUCCGAAUGAAAACGGAUUUUCUGCGCUCCAAACAGCCGUACAAGAAAAGAACCGGGACGCCGUCCAACUCCUUCUCGAUUUUGGGGCGGAUCCAAAUGGAAAAGUUGAAUGCACCAAAGAUAACACGCCCGAGAACCCUCUCAAUUGCGCCUUGAAUUGGGGUGGUGAUAUAGAAAUCGCAAAAAUGUUAAUUGAAUCAGGAGCGAAUAUGAAUUCUGGACUCGAGAAGCCUUUGAUCCAAGCGGUCAGAAAUGGGGACUUGGUCCUCGUAAAACUCAUGUUGGAAGUUGGAGCAGACCUGAAGAUGCUACCAGCAAAAGGUCUUUCAGUGUUAUACUUCGCGAUCAACAAGCACGAAUUGAGUCUGGUCAACAUAUUGAUUGAAGCCGGAGUAAACCCGAACUUAUUGAUCGACGAACUUCAAGAUGGGGAUUUCGCAUUUCUGAAACAUGAGUUGGACAUGUUUGUUACUCCUCUCCAUUACGCAGUACUUGCAGGCGAUAUUGGCAUUGUCAAGCGCCUGGUCCAGGGCGGCGCAGUCCUAGACAUAUUCAUCGAUCCAGAAAUGCUGGACGAGACGGAAAGAACUCUGCGUUCAAAGAAAAUAUCAACUCCUCUUCAGAUCUCAAUUCAGGAGCGCGAGCAUGAAAUCACCAAAAUCUUCCUGGAUGCAGGCGCAAGCGUUGACUUCCGACAUCCAGCCACUGGGACAGCAUUGCAGUUAGUAUGCAGUUGGCCAAUGGCGGAAGGGGAGAAGAUAGAGUUGGCCAAAGUGUUGUUGGCAAAAGGGGCAGACAUCAACUCUCUGCCUGGAGAAGAUGCGGGGAGAACAGCGAUGCAGGCUGCAGCUGAAUCUGGAGAUCGUGAUCUCCUAGAGCUACUUUUGCGUGAAGGAGGCGAUCUCUUUGCUUCUGCCGCUAGAGAAUAUGGGUUGACAGUUUUUCAUGCCGCAUUGAGGUCGCGCUCUGCUGAUCUUGUGGCUUAUGUCUUCGAGGAAUUGUGGAGUUCCUGUAGCCGUUUCGACCUUCUUGAUGGAAUAAACUACCUCGAGGAGGCAGUGUCUACUGGAAACUUACAACUUCUAGAAACAGUAUUGAAGUUCUGGAAUCGGCAUGGUCUACGUUGGCCAACAGAAUUCAUUUCAUCUGCCCUCAAAACCGCCGUUCGCAGUGGUUUCAUCUGUCAUAUUCUUGGUCCCGACGCUGAGUCGUUUACCAUCCGUUUAUUCACCUUCCCCGAAGAGGAGAUCGAUUCUCUAAUCUGUGAUUCGAUAUGGAAUGUCGGGACAGCCAAUAUGAGAACAUGGAUAUCUGAUAGUGGUAGAGCAUCUUCGUCAUGGUGCCGCGAUAUGAGAGUAUUCGACUUGUUAAUGCAGCAUUUUAUCAAGCCCAACCUCGACUUUACCCAGCCUGGAUAUCCGACACCUCUCUGGCUAGCGAUGCACCAAGGGGAGUAUUAUAUGGCCGAAAGUUUACUCGAUGCUGGUGCCAGCCCCAACAAACCCUCACUGGUAGUAUGCCGCAAUGCGCACCAAGAAUGCUAUUAUGAUACCGGACCCGAAAUGCCAUUGAAGCAGGCGAUAUGCCGAUACGAUAACAGAUUCAUAGAAUUACUCACUGUAAAAGGAGCAAACAUACAUUGUUUGAUAGGUGGAAGUUUAACGCCGCUUCUCGUUUCCCUCGAGAGGGGAAACGAAGAUGCUGCCAGUUUUCUUCUCUCCAAAGGAGCAGAUCCAAAUGUGGUCGAUAUAUCCGGUAGAUUUACUGCUCUUGGGCUUGCUUUCGAAAAGGGUUUCUCGCUCCCCACCGUCCAGUUACUUGUUCAACGUGGUGCAGAUGUUAACAGGCCUUCCAUAUGGGCUACGCCACUUGAACAAGCCGUACAAGGAGACUUUCGGCAAAAUGAUCUUUUCGAGAGAUGUCGAAUACUUCUGGCAGCAGGCUCCGACUUCAAUGCUUCUACCGGAAGCACUGCAAUCCAAAUAGCAGUCUCCAGAAAUAGACUGGAGCUGGCUAAGCUCCUGAUUGAUGCAGGCGCAGAUGUCAAUGCCUCAAUGACUGGAUCGACAGCACUUCAAUUGGCGGUUCAUAAAAAUGACACAGAUUUGGCAAAACUUCUUGUCGAAGCUGGUGCCAACCUGAAUACUUCCUCGGUUCGAGCCAGUGCACUUCAAUUGGCUGUCAGCAAUCAUAACCUGGAACUGGUCGUACUCUUUCUUGCAGAAGGCGCCGAUGUUAAUGACUCGACGUCCGGGGAGACUGUGCUCCAGAGAGCGGCCAAUCUAGGGAACUUGGAAACGGUUAAGCAUCUCGUUGACCGAGGUGCCGAUGUUGGCGCAAAAGUCCCUGGCAAUUCCGCAACAGCUCUUCAGCACGCCGCAAUGCAUGGUAGCGUUGAGAUCGUUAAGUAUCUUGUUGAACAUGGAGCUUCGGUCAACGAAGAAGCUAGUCCUUUCUACAAAGCCACAGCACUCGGGCUUGCAGUUGCGAACAAUCAUACUCAGACAGCCAUGUAUCUCAUCGAAAGCGGCUCGUCCGUCGACGCAAAUCUAUCCCCUCCUGUGACGACAAUCCUUCAACUCGCCGCAAAACAUGGGAACCUCGAGAUCGCUACUUGUCUAGUUGAGAAUGGAGCGACAGUAAAUGCAGCACCCGCGACUGUAGGAGGGGCAACUGCUCUUCAAUAUGCAGCAAUCACUGGUAACAUCAACAUGGCUGUUUUCCUUAUCGAACAUGGGGCUCAUGUCAGCGCCAAAGGAGCAGAGGUUGGUGGAAGAACUGCACUUGAAGGAGCGGCAGAGCAUGGCCGACUUGAUAUGAUUUCCCUUCUAUUGGAUAACGACGAGGAACCUGACACAAUUGACGCAAGGUGUCACAAUGCAGCAGAAUUUGCGGAGCUUGAACACCAUGACGUGAUUGCUAGGAUAUUGAGAAACUAUAGGAGGCCAUGA